AUGGCACCUAAAAAACAAAAACAGUCGCUUGCCGACUUCUUGGCUGACGAAACUACCGGAAAGGUUGAUUGGGCAGAUGACUUUGACGAUCUUCCAGCAGCUCCACUCCCAAGAGCCGAUCGUGGAAUCCCACAACGUGGUUCGGAUUGGCUGUCUUCUAUGCCUGAUCGUGCUGAUCGCGAUCGUUCUUCCGGCUUAGGUUCAGAAAGACAAUCUUAUCCUGCUCGUGAAGAAUUACCUCUUCCAACUCAACCGCCUUAUACAGCUUUUAUCGGUAAUCUCUCGUUUGACGUUUCAGAAGAAGAUAUCGCAAGCUUUUUCGCACCCGACCAAACCACAAGUGUUCGUCUCGUUACCGGUGGUGAUGGACGUGCAAAAGGCUUCGGUUACGUCGAAUUCGAAGCUCUCGAUGGUCUCAAAAAUGCUCUCACCAAAUCUGGAUCUCAAUUAGCAGGCAGAACAGCUCGUGUCAGCGUUGCUGAACCCAGAGAAGCCAAAGGUCCAGCAUUCUCUAGCGUGGCUGAAGAAGCUACCCAAUGGCGUCGUGCAGGACCUCUUCCUCCUUCUUCCGACGGAGCUUCUGGACCUGGUCGUCGCGGUGGAGAUCGUCCAGGCUACAACCGAUUCGAAUCGAGCGGCGGUAGUAGCGGUUUCGAUAAUAUGGACGUUGUCGCGGGCGGCGGUCGUUCUGGAUUCGGAUCAAAGUUUGCUCCAUCUGCUCCUCGUGAACCACGUAGAAAUGUUGAGCCUCUUGAACCAAGUCAAGGUGAUAAUGCAUCAGAUUGGAGAACAGGUAAACCGGUUAGCGAAAUGGCAUCUCCCAUGCAUUCUUCUCGUCGUCCUUCGGCAAGUCCGGCAGCAGCAGGCGCAGAAGGUGGACGUGCACCUUCUUUCCGUCGUCAUGGUGACGCUACUGAAGUGGAUGAGAAAUACUCCAACCAAGAAAGACUUGGUUUCGGAUCCAAAUUCGUCGCUACACCUCCAGACUCUCCCUCCGUUCAAAAACGAUCUGGUUUCGGCUUUGACCGAAGAAAUAAAGACGCUGCCGCCGCCGCACCGGCAAGUGCUGGAGAUGGUGCUGAUACAUGGCGAUCAGCUCGUCGUACAAGCGCAAAUGGCCCUGCAUCAAAUGGUGCAAGCAAGAGUGCUGAAGGUACAUCUGGCGAACCUGCUCAAAGGAAAAAGUUGGAAUUGAAACCACGCUCGACACCUGUUGGAGGAGAUGCACCUGCCGAUGCAGCUUCAUCUGAUAAAGGCAACAAUCCAUUCGGCAAUGCCAGACCAGUUGAUGCUUCGGACCGUCAACGUGAGAUCGAAGAAAAGAUGGCACAACGCGAAAAAGAACAUAAAGAAGAGGAACGUAAACGUCGUGAAAAGCAAAAGAGUGAACGUGGAAAGUCGUCAGACAAUGGAGAUGGCGCUGCACGAUCGAACACUGUUUCAAAUGAAAAGGCCGUCAAUGGAGAAGGAGUGAAAUCACCAACAACAACAGCUGCUGCCACACCUAAACAGCCAGCACCAACUGGCGCUUGGGGUGGCGGUCGCAAGCCAAGCGGUGCAUUAGCAGGAAAUCAAGAAGGAAGUACAGAACAAUCAACAAACUCUGACGUUGAUGCUCUGACAAGUAAUGUAGAAGCUGUCUCCGUCAAGGAUGCAUAAAAAGAUUAUUGAUAUUGUAUAAUGGAUCGCAAGGUGUAGUUCCUUUCUGUGGCUACAUUCAAAUGGACGAUAGGCUUUUAUUCGAAAUUUUCCUCCUUUUUUUCUUCUAUCGAUCUUUUGGCAAAUGAGCGCAUUUGUACUCGUAAUUGGGAUUGCAGGGAUCUUCAUAUGGUACUGCUUUUGCUUUUCAAGACUGUUUUGUCGAUCUUGUCACCGUUUAUCACCUGU